GCUGGUAGCAGACAUCGUUUUCCAUCAGCUAAUCAGUUUGUAUUCUGGAAAUGCGCAUAGUGUGAUGCCACAAAAGCGACUUGAAUGAACAAAAGUGGCGUGCAGGCCGAGGCCCAUAAUUAAGUUCCCAGCAUGCCAUUCUGUCCCAGGUGUACCAUCGAUCUGUCUGCCAGAAAAAGUUCCAGGCUAUUUGAAUGACAAAAACCAUCAUCAGCCUAUAAAGUAUAAAAGCCGGUGGUCAGACAGAUAGUAGCUGGACAGAAUCCCACGGAGACUAACAAACAUGGGCAAGAUCAUCUUCUACGAGGACAGGAACUUUCAGGGUCGCUCCUAUGAGUGCAGCAGCGACUGCUCCGACAUGUCUACCUACCUCAGUCGCUGCAACUCCUGCAGGGUGGAGAGCGGCUGCUUUGUGGUCUAUGACCGUCCCAACUUCAUGGGCAACCAGUUCUUCAUGAGAAGGGGCGAGUAUGCCGAUUACAUGCGAAUGGGAAUGAGCGACGGCAUCAGGUCCUGUCGCAUGGUUCCUCAGUAUAGAGGCCCCUACAGAAUGAGGAUCUAUGAGAGGGAGAACUUUGGAGGUCAGAUGUAUGAGCUGACUGAUGACUGCGACUCCUUCGUGGAUCGCUACCGUAUGUCCGACUGCCAGUCCUGUCAUGUGAUGGAGGGUCACUGGCUCAUGUACGAGCAGCCUCACUACAGAGGCAGGAUGAUAUACUUCAGGCCUGGAGAGUACAGGAACUUCAGGGAUUUGGGAUACAGCAACACCAGAUUCAGUGCUGUUAGAAGAAUUAUGGACUUGUGUUAA